AUGUGGAUGCUUGGAUACCUGUUUUCACUUCUCGAUAACGUGAAAUUAAGUCGUAUUGCAGCUCAGUCGUCUGUAUUUGAAUACUAUCGGGCUGAUUGUGCCAUUGAUGGAAUACAAUACGCCCCGGGUGCAGCCUCAUUUUGUACCCAUUCACAGAGGGAGAAGAAUCCUUGGUGGAGGCUGGAUCUGCUGGAUAUUUACUAUAUUACCAUCGUGACCAUCACAAACAGAGCUGACUGCUGUCCAGAACGAAUCAACGGAGCAGAGAUCCGCAUCGAAAACUAUUUGGAAAACAAUGGAAACAACAAUCCAAUAUGUGCUGUGGUCACUAGUAUUCCAGCAGGAGCUUCCUACAGCUACUCGUGUCCACAUAUGGAGGGACGUUACGUGAACAUCGUUAUUCCUGGAGAUAAUAGGUUUCUUAUGCUUUGUGAGGUUGAAGUCAAUAGGGGUUUUCCAGAGAAUAUUGCAAUCAAGGGAAAGGCUAUACAGUCAUCUACAUUUUACUUCCAAGCACGUGCUGCCAUUGAUAAUGACGAUCUUACCUACACCCACAUUAAAACCGAGACGAACCCAUGGUGGAGGCUGGAUCUGAAGAAUCAACAAAUCAUUGGAGAAGUGACCGUGACUAACAGGAUUGACUGCUGCUUUGAACAAAUCGAUGGAGCCGAGAUUCGCAUCGGAAACUCCCUGGAGAAUAAUGGCAAUAGCAAUUCCAUAUGUGCGGAGAUUUCUAGUAUUCCAGCAGGUCAAUCCGUCUCUUACUCAUGCGGUGGAAUGCAAGGCCGUUACGUGAAUGUGGUCAUUCCUGGAGAUUCAAAGAAUCUCACACUGUGUGAAGUGAGAGUCUACGGAAACGGUAUUUCUUGA